ACGCUUCAGUACACAUUAGCAGUCAUGAGACUCGAACGUGAACCUCCUCUCCGGCUCCUGCUGUCGGCUGCGUUGGCCCUGACGGCCACGGCUCUGCCCGCUGAAGAAGACUUCGUAGACUACCAAGUUCCCCUUGUGGCAACCAUCGCCUCCGGCGUCAACCAGCUCUCUACUUUACUCGAGGAUCGAAGAGUAUCUUGCGACAACAGGCUCUCAGAUCCCGUGGAGAAGAAGGUACUGAAGUUGGAGAAGCUAGUGGAGACGCAGUGGGAGAGACUGGCUGAGGUGGAGGAGGAGGUCAAAAAUAUGGAGAAGAUUAUGGAUGUGUUUCUCCAGUACCGUGAAAACCUCAGACCUACAGUCGCUGGAGAAGGGUGCGUUGAGCCGUUCGAGCAGGCUGCUGGUGGGUGCUUCUGGGCGCACAAGAAUCCCAGCUUGUCGUGGAAGCAAGCUAGGAAGAGGUGCCAGCAGGAGGGUGGUGACCUUGCCACGCCUGACAACCUGAAAGCCGUUAGGAACUACCUGCGACUGAAAUUGGGGUCAGACUGGUGGUACCUGUGGCUGGGGGGCAAGAUCACGGGGCCAAGGAAGUGGUCGUGGCUAGACGGAAGGGAGAUCGAGUCCAGCGACGACGAUUGGGCCGAAACCAACGAGUCCGGUGACUGUGUGGCCCUAAACAGUGGCCGAGGAUAUCGGGCCAUGGCGUGGGACUGUGAGAAGCACAACUGGUACCUCUGUGAAAGGAAGAUGAGUUAGUGUCUCGUUGGCGCCAAAAGAGCUGGGGUACUUCACACAGAAGUACCAGAAGUACCUAUUGAAUUACCUGGUACUUCUGUGAGAAGAUGUAAGGCAGAAUGCUACCUCUGUCAGCUAAUAGAGCGACUUACUGCCUCUGUGAAGUACUGUAUAGACUUGGUAUCUUGGUGAUUAGUGUAGCUUAUUAUCUCUUUGAGAAUGUAUGAUAGUCUGUUACUUCUGUGUGAAAAUCUGGUGGCUUAGUAUAUCUUAAAUUUUUGUUUAAUGGUCUGGCAAUUCUGUGAGAAGACGAUUUUGUGGACUCCAAGUGAUUGGACACUGAUUGUAUGAUAGUCAUUCGUAUGAUAGUUUUAUUGGACUCUGUUUCUUCACUCUAUCCUCGUACCCGAGCUAACAGUCCUCAUAUGUUUUUUGAAGUACUAUAUAGUCGCACUGGCUUAGCGCUUUCUCCUAAUAAAUACAUGGAGUCUUUGCGAGCAGAGCCGUGGAUUGGUACCUUUGUGUAAAGUACCAAUCCACAGCUAAUAAUCUUUGACUUUUCAAUAUCAAUAUACUUGGUUUUAAUUUUAACCUCUAGUUACAACCAUCCGUGUGGGAACAUGAUCCAGUUAUCCAACCAUUGUAUGUUUGUUUCUACUGAUAAUUGAUGUAAAUAAAACACCGGAGUGUCUACUUUUAUGCCCAUUUUGUGCCAUUACUUGUAAUAAUAAAUACACAAAAUUGCCAAGUGUGUUUUUAUAGAAAUGUAUUUUUGUAGUCAAUACGAACUUAUCCUCAAUAUCCUCUCACUUCUCCUUUCCCCCUCCUUCUCCUCCUUCUCCUCCUCCUCCUACUCCUCUUUCUCCCCCUCCUUUUUCUUUUUUCAUUUAUGUAUUGUAUAGGAAUAUCAAUGUAAACAUAUGUUUCAGGGGUUGAAAUGCCCUGAGUCGCGCACUUUUAUGUUAUGAAAGAAAAUAUAUAAUAAUUCCUAAGAUUUUGUUAUCACUGUAGUGAUUCUGUUAUCGCUCCGGUGAGUGUUAUCACUCCAGUGAGCUUAUUAUCAUUCCAGAGUGACUGUUAUUAUACAAAAUAAAUAAAUAAACUGCA